AUGAAAUCCAAAAUUCGGUAUUGACAAACAAAAUCCCGUAAUGGCCAAAGAGCUCCAAGUGAUGGGAGAAAACUAUUUGAAAAUCACAAAAACAAUAUUUCAGCAGAAUUUGCCCAAGCUUUAAACCUUGAUGUUAAAAGGACUCCUUCUAUUUCUCCUGAUCACUCAUUAUCAGGAGAAAGCAAUCAAUCAUUUGAUUCAAUUCAUAGAAGAAGCCCUGUCUUUAUGUCUUUAGAAGACAGUUAUAGCAAGCCUUUCGCAGCCAAAAGAGACAGAGAAUAUGCGAAUUUGCUUAAAAUCAAUAGCAGAUCUUCAUUUGUUGAAAAAUUUCCACAGAAAGAGAAGAGAAUUUUUAGUAAAAUGAAUGACUUGUAUAGUAUGAAGCCUAAUAAAUCUAUGGAUAAAUUGAUUGAAGAAAAUCUGAGAAUGUUAGAAAAAAAUCAUAAAAGGAGAAUUAUAUCGCAGGAUAGAGGGAAUUCGUUAGAGCAUUUACCGAUGUUUAAUAAACAGGUUUAUACGAAAAAACAGCCAAAAUAUAUUAUAAGUAAUCCGAUUUCUCUGGAAAAUAAGAUAUUUCCUGAGGUAAGAAGAAAAAUAUCUAAUUUUAGAGAUAUUAUUGUAAAUCAACCUAAUUACUAUUAUUAA